CUGUGUGGCCAACCUUUUGAUUACCCCUUAAACUUGAGUUACUUUACACAGACUUUAUAUUCAAUCAUAAAACGUGUUUAUAAACCUUGUUCUUCUUCUCCCCUUUUUCACUUUUAAACUUUCCUUUCUUCUUCUUUUCUCUUUCUUUUAUGUUAUAAUAGUAUGGCUCCCUUCAUGACCAACAUGACUAAUAGUAUUAAUGACAACAAUAACGACACAGAAUUUCUUUUGGGAUUAAACGCCGUACGUGAAAGAUGCUAUAAAGUACAAGAAGCAGCCAGUCGUAAUCGUUUACAACACUUUGAUAUUGAUCAAUCAAAGCUGGAUGAAAUGGUUCAAUAUGUCAUCUCUGUUAUCAAGCGUGAUUACGAUAGUCCUUCUGAUAUUCCUGUCUAUGGUCGAUGGCGUCAUUUUGAUGUGGGUGGUAAGCCUCGUCUAAACCAACUCAUUCAACAAUGGGCUACCUUGGGCCUUGAUAACAUGGAGCAAACAAGAAAACUGAUUGAUAUCCUUGUCAUUGCCUGCCUUAUGGAUGUGAAGCCUUGCCAAACCUGGACUUAUAUCGAACAAUCUACGGGUAGAGUGUUCAAACGAAAGGAUGGCAUCGCUAUUGCUAUACUAGACAUGUUCCUCAAGGGAACCUUCUCCAGUGACCCUUCUCAGCCUCAUCGAGUUGACUCUGAGGCUCUCAGUCAGUUAACCCUUGAUACUUUACAUAAUGGUUUACAAUUUAAUGAAACAAACUCCUUUGUGGGUAUUGAAGAGCGAUAUGACCUACUUGUCAACCUUGGCCAUGCCCUAAAGAACCGUACAGACUAUUUUGGAAAAGAAGCCGUUCGUAGACCGGGCAACAUGAUUGACUAUCUGUUUGAUCAUCCUACAACGAUCAAGACCAAAAAAGGUCCACUCAUCAGUAUCGAAACCAUCUGGCCUGUUGUGCAAGAAAUGGGAGAACUUUGGGCGUCGGAGGAAAACAUUGGUGGCACGAAAGGAUAUGGCGAUGUUUGGCCAUGCGCAGCGCUACUCAACCCUAACCAAAGCAACCCAACAGGAACAGACCACUAUGUGCCCUUUCACAAGUUGUCACAGUGGAUCGUCUACUCUGUGAUUGAACCAAUGGAGAAGUUAUUGGGAGCUACUAUCGAAGGAACCGAUUUGCUGACACCCCUUCCGGAUUACUGUAAUGGUGGUCUUCUGAUUGAUACUGGGUUUAUUACACUGAAGCCUAAAGAUUACGAACGUGGUAUACAAAACUAUCUUGCCAACUCAUUACUCCCCUAUCAACCCAAGAUUGAAGUUGCUCCGAUGUUUGAUAUGUCGGAUCCUGUCGUCAUCGAAUGGCGUGCUCUGACGGUGGCCUAUCUUGAUUUGGUAGCAGAACGAGUUCGACAGACAUUUAGAUUAAGCAAAAAAUUACUUUCACUUAGCCAACUUAUUCAAGGUGGAACAUGGAGUGCAGGCAGAGAAUUGGCAGAGAUAUCAAGACCUAAUACGCAUGAACCUCCAAUUGUGGUUAAAUUGGACAAACGAGUCAUUUAUUAAGCCCGUUUUUUUUUUUUUUUCUUUUUU